GAAAUUAUCACGACGCCUCCGAUAUAAUAAGAAUAAGAAACUCAAGUGGGAACAAGAGCAUGCCGAGGUAUCUUACAAAUCGGAAGACGUACCAUCGUUCCCUGACCCUCUUGUCAAUUCUGAUAUUAUCUUCAAUCCGCUAAGGCACCGAACUCAACAUGCAACCCGUAACCUAUCUCACCGUGAUAAAGCUUAUUAUUUGAAGGAGUGGAUAAGCGUUCCUCUCUCUUUCUCUGAUCGUAUAUCCUCUAAAGAAAAUAAAACUCAACGGAAUAUUUCAGCACGAGAUCUAUUGAUUGAGACGUUAAUUAAGGAAUCAAGAUCCGACCCAGAUAGUAGUUCUCUCGAAUCAACCGAAGUCCCUGAAGAUUUUUUUUCACUUGUAGACACUGAUAUUAUUAAUGGAGUAGAAAAGAACGAUAACUUACAUGUUACAGAUUCUAAUAAACGAUUGUGGGUUGCCUUUGGUCGGUGGUUAGGAUUAAAACGACCUGAUGGACCAAUAAAAAGAAAACAUGUUCGGCAUCACCUUAGAUUGAAGUGGAGUAAGCUCAGACAUUCUCUUAACAUUCGAGACAAUAAAGAUUUUCAUACCAUCUCUAAUACUGCCGUUGCACGUAACACGCGGAAAGAAAAAGCCAGGUUGAUCAUGUCCGUUCGUAAUAAUUUUCGCUCUCUUGACGGAUUGGUGCAAAUUCACUAUAUAUCGGAACCUGAAUGUAUCACAGACACAGAUAGACGAACCUUAAUCCAUCUUGAAAAUCUUAAUGAUCAAAAUGCCGUGACGAAAGCAACCAAUGCCGUUAAUGAAUAUUAUUAUCAUACUCUAAAACAUCCUUCGCAUCGGAGCGACGAGUUCUGGUCAAAUUUCAUCGAGCACUUUGGCGCGUACACUCUAUAUAACCCUCUUCCCUAUACCAGCUCGAAUACUGCCAGCUCUCACAACAUCGAUCACCAGGAAUGUGUAAAUAAUCUACUUCUAAACCUCAAACCAUUAUCAGAUACUGUCAACCGGUUCCUUUAUGAUAAUUAUGGGGAGAUGUAUAUGAAGUUAAGAAAUUUAUCUUGGCCUUUCGCUCCUAAAUCAUUCGGCGUCUUCCCUAUGAUCGCAAUUAAUUUCAAUACGAUCAGUGACUAUCACUGGGAUGAGCACGACGAACCAAAUUCCUUAUGUUGCUUGGUUGCUUUAGGUGAUUUCGAGGGAGGUGAACUGUGCUUCCCGCAACUCCAGAUUAUCGUUCCACUUCGUCCGGGACAAAUCGUUGCGUUUUCAUCGC